UAUUAAUGAUUACAUAAAAUAAAGCCGUUCUCAACUGGAAAGAGUUCUUUAUGAAUGAAAAUCUGCUCACUGAUGCUUACAAAUUCAGAGACUGGAAUUAAUAAAACCUUGAAAUCCCCGAGAAGGAAACUUUGAUUAAAGAUCUUACACGCACCAGAAACGAUGACCCUUACUUCAAAAAGGAGUCCACCCAACGAUAUCUUAUGCUACUAGCCACAUUUUAUUGCUAACAAAACAGUGUCAAUUAUUAAUAAGGAAUGCUUGAAGUUGUUGCCCCGUUCUUGGUCAUGAAAAAUAGAGACUUUCCAAUAUAAAAAUGCUAUGCCUAUUUUAAUUCCUUCAUGAAUAAGUAUUUCCCCAAAGUUCUCGAAUGGAAUGUAUAAACCUCACAUCUAUCUUAGAUUCUCAAAGGACAAAAGCAACUCGCUCAUGUUCUAUCUGCCAUUCAAUUCUGUGAAAUUUUGCUUAAAUAUCAUUGCGCCGACUUCUAUAAUCGAAUUCUCAAGUUAGACGACUUCAACCUAUCGAUGGUAGUUACACCAUUAAUAAUGACGCUGUUUGCCAAAGGUACAUCGAUCCAACUUGUGUUUCUGAUUUUUGACGAGUACAUGAAGAGACACAAUCCCAAUUACAUCUUUUUCAUGGUAGCAGCUCUAUUCAUGACCCAAAAAUAAGUAUAGAAAGUAGAUAAUAAUAGAGGAAAUUUUAUCGAUUGAGGAUUCUGAAGAGCUAUUUACCUAUCUGAACAAGAAGUUGAAGCAAAUACAAUACGAGUCUGACGUUUAGAAAUUAUUUGACAGAGCUGAUGAAUUGUAUUCUCAAACCCCAGAAUCUUACGAGUAACUGAUUGCAUCUACAUCCUUCAAUGACAAAAGCGGUAUAUAAAACUUACUCAUAUUUUAGUACUAAGCGUUGAAGACAUUACAGAAUUAACCAAUCUAAGUUAAUCUUACUACUCCUAAUGUCUAUUCAUAGAAGUUUCUGAAAUGAAAUCUUUGUUUGGAAAAUCAAAAAAGCAGCCAACAAAAAAUAUAUAGCUACAAUUACUUGAUAUCAGAAAGGUAAAGAAACCUAAGUUAAGUGAAUUCCUGCCCAAAUAAUUUAUAACAAAGAAAGCUGAUGGGAAUUUCCAUACUUGCUUAAUUACGGAUUCUAAUCAAACUCUAGAUGAUGCUGUUAAAGUGGCAAAUUAGCUGGUUCUUGAUGGAGUUAAGCAUGUUUCUAUUUUAAAGGGAGGAUUUAAAGUAAAUUAAUCUAUUUAUAAGCGUAGUCUUUGUCGAUUUCGAUUAAGUAGUAAAAGGAUUGUUCAAUCAUGUGAUGGCAAUUUUAUAUAUUUCAUUAUAAUAC